AUACCCGAAAGACUUGGCUGUGAUAAUUGUCAAGGUAAAAGGUCGAGAAAACACAUUCAAGGAUGUGAGAGUGCGAAAGAAAAAAGUACAGAAUGCUUUAGUUUGGCUGAUAAUAAUAACCCACAUUAUUCUGAGUUAUUAAUUAAUGAAGAUGCAUUAAAUUCAUUACCUGAAAAUGGUGUAUCACCAAACCUCAUGACUGUUGAGACUGAUGAUGAUAUAGUCUCAGAUGACAAUUGUUCUCCUGAUGCAGGUCCUCCUACAGAUAACCCAUCAGAGGAUAUUGUUUAUAAUGACUCCACUGAAAUGAGUAGCUUUUUACCUGUUGGCGAACAACAACAACAGGAAAUUGAAGCUGUAAGAAAUCAGCUGUCUGAAAAUGACCCAAUGCUGUGGCCCUCAGUUGAAAAUGAACCAUUUAAUGAGUAUCAGGUAUCACAUCUGGCCACAAUGGCUUUCCCAACUUUAUUUCCAGAUGGGAAAGGUGAAGGUAAUAAAGGACUUCUCAGGGAUGUCCCUUUUCAGGAAAGAAUAAAGCAUCUUCUAAAAUUUGCUGAAAUUAUUGAUGGUAAAUGGGUAUACCGUUUUGCUAACCACCCCCGAUUUUCAUAUUGGGCGUUUAAGGUUACAGGAUACCCUAGACAUGCCUUUCGGGAGAUCCACUGUAACUUGAUCAAUUUUAAUCCAAAUUCCAUCAAAUUUUCACCAAAUGUAGUUAGAUAAAUGUAGUAUACGAUGUUCUUAUCAUAUGCACGAAAGAAUAAAUACUUAUUCAGAUAUUUGCCGAAGUCUAAAAUCGCGGUACUUCCGCACCGUGAAGUUUGUUAGACGCCGGUUUUACUCAAAUCCUAUAAAAACAUCAUUUUUACUCUUCUCAAAGGUUGUUCUAAAAAACGUUGUUCGCGUUUUGUAGUUGCUUUAGGGGUUCAUUAGUUACGGCAUAUUCAUUCCAGACCUAUGCUAUAUUGCAACUAAUUGACAACAAAAAGCUUGUAACUUGCUUAUUAUUUGAAUAAAAAGCUCGCGCGCACACCGUUUUGUAGCCGAAAUAUGUACCUAUGCUGUGUGGACAUUUGACAAAAAUCGGUUAAAACGCACGCUUAACAAACUUUAUUUAGUGCGUGUAUUCGACUCAAAACUCAAGUGCCUCAAAACGCGCUUUGAAAAUUUCGCGGGUUUUCUUUCAGUGUAAUCAGGUACUCCGCCUACUGUGACGUACUGUCAUUAUAAAGUUAAUCCGAUGACAGAUAACGUUUGCGGCAAGGCCACAAUAUAUAAUCAAGUCAUAUCUAAACGAAAAGAAAAAGCUGAGGCUUAAAAUAAGACAAACCAACGCGCCACAAAAAAGCGCAGAAUCUCAAAAGCGACAAAAAUGCAGAACGAUAGAAUUCAGCUGAUGGCGAUGUGGACCACAAAGAAAAACUAAUGGCAACGAUGAAAGAUAAAGCCUUAAAGGGUAAGGAAACUUAGUUUAUCGCAUUUUGAUCCGACGAUAUUUUGCUAGUUGACGUUAUAGAAAGCCAUGCAUUUGUUCUCUCUCUUCAGUUACGAUGGAACAAACUUUAUUAAGAAUAUUGAGGCUGGUGUUGAAGAUCGGCUAAAGAAGCGUGGUAAACCUCCUAGAAUUGUACGGUAUUUUUCUAUUGUCGAUGGGUACACGCGCUGAUCGUAAGUUUUGAAUCAGUUAUUUAUUUAUUUAUUAUUUAUUUAUCAGCUUUAUUGGACAAAUAUAGUAACGUUUACAAGUUUAAGUCCAAAGGGGAUAGCGCAAACGGGACAACGAGACCCAUGCUAGGCGCACCCCCACAAAAAAAAAGAAGAAAAAAAACCCUAACCUAAUUUAUUGUAUACAAAUAUAUAUUACAUAACAUGCAUUAUUGCAGGGGCAAUUAUGUUAUAUACAUAAUUGCACCUGGUUCGCUGGAUUUUUGCGGUUUUAGUACGCCGCGCAUCGUAAUGUUUUUGGAAAUAAAAGGCUUUAUUGUAAAAUGUCAUUAAAUUUUCGUUAAUUUAUAGAAACAAGGAAUCGGUCCCAAGGAUGCGGCUUAUAUCCUGUCGAAGUACUAAAUUUCCUGAGCGAUAUAUCGUGGUGACGUAAAAGGAGUAAUAAUUUAAUAAUUUAAUUUAAUAAAAUACCGAUUUGUAACCUUUAGGUUAAAUUACAUCAGUAAAAAGUCUCAUUAUACUACAAUAUGAAUAUCUAAAUGCAUAAAAUUAUUCAUAACUUCAGUUGAAAAAGUUAUAGAGUUCAAAUUUAAAAAUAUUAAAAUUAUGGUCUAUUCAUAUGUGAAACCAUCUGUGGAAAAAACGAUUUCAUAUAUCUGUCCGUUUUACAACUAUAGUUAUUAUAAUCGCUUCCAUAACGUGUAUUAUAGUUAUGUUCAAGUUUAGGCGGUAAGAGGUCACCCAAUUUGUCUCCAUGUGCAUUUUUAACAAAAAAACGUUCGCAUAAUAAUCGCCGCCAUAAUAAUCGAGAGAUAAGAGAAGUGAGUUUGAUAUUCUGUACGCAAAGCCAAAGGUCACUAUAAAAGCCGCGCAGGGAACGAAAGGGCUAAUUCGAUCUAAUAAAGCUUUCAGUUCCAGUUUUCCGGUUAGUCAUGCACUUGUGGCUAAAUUAGUAAAUAUGGCAAAAAUCAUAAGUCACCAGUCGUCGUUUUUAUUCUGCUUCUAGGAUGCUUACAAUAUUGAGCUGGACAUCUUUUGUGAAGCUUUGAAGAUCCCGAAGUUGUGUGUAGACUAAUAGUGUUAAUCGAGGUGUUAAUCAAAUAUGACUAUGUUUUUAUUGCUUUUGCCAGAAUCAGCUUUUAUUCGCGGCAUUUUUUCAGCAAAGAUUUCAGUGCAAGAGAAAUGUGCGUCUACAACCGCAUGUUGUGAUAACGGAAUACGAGAUGACAUAUACACUAAUUGAAUUGCACAAGGUGUCGAUUUUCUGUCAAACACAUUUUCCGCCAAACAUAUAGACUUCAAUCGCGUUUUACUAAAUAACCUGUUUAAUUUUAAAGAUACUGAUUUACAUUUUUUUCCAGAUGACAGGUAUGCUCAAAAGCAACAAGAACAUGUAAAGAAAAAAAAAUUCAAAAUUUUUACGUUCUAGGGUAUCCUGUAACCUUAACAUGAUUCAACGAAAAAGAGUCUUACAGCAAAGUGGAAUAUUCUUAAAACAGAACCCAGGUGAAGCUCAUCUAACUAUUGAUGAACUGCGUGAAAUGGCUGCCAGUAACAAUGCAAAUUUGUUUUUGUCUAAAGUGUCGAGAUAUGUUGGAAAUAUUGCAGGUACUAAUGCUUACUGGAAUAGAGUAAGAGAGGAACUCAAAGCUAUAAUAACUAGUGUUGGAGCACCAACAUUAUUUUUCACUUUUUCCUCUGCAGAUAUGCAUUGGCCUGAGUUACAUGCUUUAUUUAAUACUGGUACUAACUUUGAAACUGGUAAUUCUGCCAGUGAAGUAAGACGACAAAAUGUGAUCAACAAUCCCCAUGUUGUAGAUUGGUUUUUCACCCAAAGAUUAGAAAGCUUUGUAAAACACUGGCUUUAUGACACACUUGGUGCAAAAUGGCACUGGUUUCGAUAUGAAUAUCAAGGUAGAGGUACUAUCCAUUGUCAUGGUACUGCUAAACUAAAUAAUGACCCAGGUUUGUGUCAACUUACUAAGACUGCUUUGAAAGGUUUCUUAGCUCAAAAGUUUAAAGAUGAAAAUGAUUGUUCUGACACAACUGAACUAGACCAGGAUAUUGAAGCUGGUCGGAAAUUUAAAGCAGCUGACACGGUAUGUCAGUAUGUUGAUUGGUUGUUAUCGACUGUCAAUCCUAAUCCACCAGACGAGGACAUAUGGAUAAUACCUGAAGUUCAUCCAUGUCAAAAAAGUCAUCACGACAUUCCUGACCAUGAAAAAUUAUCAGAUUAUGUAGAUCUAUUAAACAUGGUUCAACGACACACUCGUUGUAGUACAAGCUAUUGUCUUAGAAAAAAGUCGAGUGAAACUGAGUUGAAAUGUAGAUUUCAUUUCGCUUUUGAUCAUUCUCCUAAGACAAAAUUAGAAUUUGAAAAAAUGCACACUUCAGGUGAUAAUGAACAUUAUCGAGCUAAGAUUGUGACUAAACGAAAUGACUCAAGGUUAAAUAACCAUCAACAACUUCAGCUCCAAGGAUGGAGAGCUAACUGUGAUAUUCAAGUUGUUAUUGAUCACUAUGCUUGUGUUGAAUAUCUCACAAAAUAUGCAGCUAAAAGUGAACCAAGAUCACCUAUAUUGAAACAGGCAUUCAAUUCUAUUGUGCAAAAUGUUGACAGUAAUACUGACCCUCGUAGAGCUAUUAAGAAAGUAGUUAUGAAAUCUCUUGGUGAAAGGGAUUAUGCAGCUCAAGAGACAAUGCAUCAUUUGUUGUCUUUAAAACUCCACAGCUCAUCCUUUAAAGUGAUGCCAGUUAGUCUAAAUGGUUCACGAAGAGUGCGUGAUACUGCAAGUAUUGACGAGAGUGAAUCGUGCACUGAUUAUUCACUUCUUGAUGUCUAUACUAAUCGUGAACA